AUCUGUAGACUUAUCUACUUUUGAAUUUUGCGUUACUAUGGAACAUAUUGGUGAACAUUCAACUAGCAUUUAUCAUGAUACUGUCUCUAUCGGUGGUGGUUCAUCAUUUCCGCAGUUCCCUUCCCAAACACGGGGAUGGUCAGAUGCGACCGAUCCAAAUUCCGAGUCACUAGCCGUUGAAAUUUCUGGAGCAAUGAGUGAUAAAGACCGUGUUCUAUUCAAGAUUCAUACAAAGACUACAUUGCCUGAUUUUAAACAAAAUGAAUGUGAUGUACAACGAAUGCAUGAAGAAUUCGUCUGGCUUCAUGAUCGUUUAGUUGAAAAUGAUGCAUAUGCAGGUUUAAUUGUCCCACCAGUACCACCCAAACCAGAUUUCGAUGCAUCUCGUGCUAAACUACAACGACUGGGUGAAAAUGAAGGCAAUCUACCCGUAGACGAUCUGCGGAAAAUGAAAGCUGAAUUAGAAGCUGAAUACUUAGCUACUUUUAAGAAAACAGUUGCAAUGCAUGAAGUGUUUUUACAACGACUAGCAUCACAUCCAACAUUUAAACAUGAUCAUGGUUUUCGUGUAUUUCUGGAAUUCGAAGAAGAAUUAAACGUACGAAAUAAGACAAGGAAAGAAAAGGCUGUUGAUUUUUUAAAAUCUGUCUCAAAAUCAGCUGAUGAAACUUUAUGGUUAAAUAAUCAACGUGAUAAUGAUGUUUUCUUUCGUGACGAGAAAUGUAUCUUAGCUGUUUAUCAUUCAGCUAUAAAAGAUGCAACGGUAGCAGCGGAUCUAGCAUCGAAAUGUCGUAAAACUAAUGCAAAUACUUUAUUACAAAUUGAAUUGGCUCUAUCUAAUUUAAUUCCAAAAGAAUGCAAUAUCACUUCUGAAACCGAUUUGACAACUUUGUUAUCCAAUUUCUUUGAAAGCUUUCAAAAAAUUCUAGUUCGUUUGAGUUCGGAUGAAGAUUUAAAAUUAUCUGAUACAUUUCGUUACUAUGCAAUUGAUACUGGAGCUGCACGUGACCUACUCUAUCGUCGAUGUCGUGCAUUAGCAGAUUAUGAAACUGCUAAUCGUAAUCUUGAUAAAGCUCGAGCACGUAUGAAAGAUGUUCAAACAGCGGAAGAUGCACAAACUGCAGCUAAUGAACGUUUCAAAUCUAUUUCAGAAUCAGCUAAACUUGAAUUAGAAGAUUUCAAAGUUCGUCGAAUUAAAUAUUUCCAUAAAAAUUUAGUUGAUCUCGCUGAAUUAGAAGUCAAACAUGCUAAGUCCCAGAUAGAAUUAAUAAAAUCUUCAUUAAUGCGAUUAAAACUAAUCAAUAUACCUGUAUGAAAUCACCUACGAUUACCAUGGAAUCUACGGUUUGUACCAAAAGUAACACCUCAAUCACCACUACUACUACUAGUAAUAGUGCCCAUUCCAAUUCACAAACAAAUAACAACAUUACCACAUUUAACUCGUCAAACUAAUCACAUGUGUUUUUGAUUUGAAAUGUAUGGGGGAUAAAAGACAAUUCUCUCAAUCCUUUUUUUCCCUAAAUAUUCUACCGCCUUCAACACAGCCUUAUCCCGCUGAUGACGAUGAUGAUGAUCAGUUAAAUAUUAUAUGUUUUUCUGUGUGUAAAUUAUUAUAGACUUCAUUGAUUUCUAUUUUCCUACUAUAUUAUUAUUUCUCCAAUUCCAUGUGUUCGGGUUUGUGUUUAGUUUGUACUUUUCUACUACUAUUUCCGUCAAAUUCUUCUAUAUAUCCAUCCACCCACUGUACUACUACUACUUGCUGUGAAAGGAAUUAUCAAGUAUGAUUCUUAUUUUCUGACCUUAACAUCCAAUCCUAUAAUGUAAGAAUAUCAAAAUCAAUUAACUUCACUGUUAACAAGUUUUUUUGAAUUCAACUGUAAGCGUUGAAGACGACAACUCUUCCAAACGUCUUCUGUGUUACUGUAUCAUCGUAGGUUUGUGUGUGUCCGUGUUUGUGUAUGUAUGUGCUAUUGGCUUUCUUGUUUGAUUAAUAUACAAUUCUUAUUCUAAUUAAAUUUACCAAUCAUACCAACUUCUUCCUCCUUCAUAUUACUACAUUCUGUGAUCAAAAUGAAAAACUCGAAAUGAUUAUCUUAUACUGAUGAACUCGUUUAUUAUAUGAAGCGAAAACAAAACGACAUAUUAUCUCUAUUAUUAGUGGGAAUAAAUUGAACCCCAACCUCAUGUCACGCACACUCACUUUUAUUUCCUAGGUGUGAAAUUAUCAUUCACUAUUAUCGUAUUCUUUAAUUCACUUAUAUGUAUACUUGGUUUAUUUGGUUUUCACUUUAUAAUCUUAUUUUUUACUUUUGCUUGUUUGUGUUAAUUUCGUUGAAAAAUUGUCCAUUGAAAUUAUUUUUUAUCAAGGUGUUCUUACUAUUUGACCAUUCAUGUGUCAAGUAUUUUGUAUAAUUCUAAUAAAAUAUAUAUGCGCUGCACUUCGUUUCGUCAUUGGAUUUGUGUGAAGUCUGGAGUAUAUGUAUAUAUGAUAAUGAUUUAUUCACGAGUCAACAUUACUUGAAGUACGCUUAAGAAAUAGAAAGGACUGAUCAAAAAUGUUUUUUUUUUACAUAAAACUCUUUGGGAGUAUACAUUCAUUGUUCUGUCUGGAAUCGAACUCAGAACCCAUGGGUCUUUCAGUUAUCUCAUUAUAAGCUAUCGUGAAUUGGAAUUCAAUGGUCUGUUGCUCCUAAUUUCAAUCAGUUUGUGCAUAUUUUGCUACUACCUGUUAAACGCUCUUUAACAUAAAAGAAAGGAUUAAGUGAAUAUUUAAGAUAAGACAAACUAAUAAUUAUUUCGGAAUGAUAACUGUUUUUUGUCUUGUCAAAACUACCCGAUGUAUGAAGAUCUAUUAACUAUGGUUGUAAGUACGAUAAGAAACAAGAGUAGCUUGAAGACAAACUUUACACAUUAAUGAUACUAUAUCGUGUAAUUGAAGUCGUUGGCAGAGAAUAAAUUGCUACUUUGAUUUAUUACGGAAACUGAACUAGAGCAAACGACUAGUUUUUAGUUUACUUCUGGAACUGCAUAGGUCACUG